AUGGCGGAGACUCCGACCUCAACAACUCCGGCCGCAAUAGCUAAUAUGGAUUCCGGUUUCUUGGAUGUUACAAGAUCUCCAUUUAGUACACCGCUUCAGACGCAUCAUCAAUACUCUCAAGAACAAACUCAUGCAUUUCCGCAUCGCCAUAACUUUCCUCUACCCGAUAACUCGGUGGCGUCUCGACACUCUCCAAUAAAUGAUCGGUCACUCCUCCAACCUAAUGCAGAUGUCACUCGAUCAUCAUCCAAUUUUCACUCGGCAUUUCAUCCUAAUUUUCCUGUUCAUGUCGGCGCAGCUGCCAAUAUCGUUCAGAACAUACCGAGAAUUCAAUUGGUUCCGAACGAAGAGGCAGGAAUUUACAAAAAUUUAAACGCCAUCGUUUUAAAUCGUGAUCUCUUGGACACGAUGGGCAGACGAACCGACGCUACUGCCGAUGCGUACAUGAAAGUACCGGAUACAUUAAGGCAAGUAUUCGAUUUCAAAAACACCAUAGUCUCCACCGAUCCCAAUAAUCCUUUGGUCGAACAGAAUCGAGCCGCUCGCAAAAAACGUUUUCGUCGAACUAAACAGCAGAUGAUGGAAGACGCAAUGAAAGCAAAGGAGAAGGAUGGUAAUAUCUUCACGGGUUCGUCUUCCGCUUCCCCAAAACGCGGUAGAAAACGGACCAAGAGUUCCUUUAGCAUUCAGAGACCACAAGAUAGGCUCAAAAGGCCCAGGAAUGGAUACAUGAUCUUCAUGAAUGAGGUUUACGAGGAGACCAAAUUAAAAAAUCCAAAUCUGAAAUUUGGUGAGAUCUCUGCUGCGAUCGGUGAAAGAUGGAAGAAUAUGUCAAAGGAGGAGCAGAUGCCAUACCAUCACAAACACGAGCAAGAAAAAAUACAAUAUGAGAAUGCAAAACAAGCAAUGUCUAAGGGUACCAUUUGCUUUGUUGAGGAAAACAUCUCCCCACCACCAUCGGAAUAUCAAAAAGGAGCUCGGGAGGCAUCAAACAAAUCUCCUGACAAUGGUUCAUCUUCCACAUCUUUUACGAUUCCUUCUCAAUUGCUGACACCGAAAUCACCAGUCGCAAAAUUACCAACCCCUAAACUGACAUCCACAACUUCCGAGUCUGUCUCAUCAUCAAGAGACACGAUCAUGGGAGGUAGGACCAAGUUACCCCGGCAUGCAUCCACCAUUCAAUCACCGCCCGCUUCUGAAAAUAUAAUUAAGAUUUCAGCUACCGAACGCGGGUCACCGGCCACUCCUUUGCUGGUGACUCCAUUGACUGCUUUUACGAGUGAGACGGACGAAAUCCAAAGUUCGGCGCCGAUAAAUGAAAUCCCGUCAAAACCCGCUACCAAUAAAAGCAUCGAAAAUUCAAUACCAUUUUCACAUUCCACUUCAAGAUCGUCAGGAUCCAAUGGUUCAGAUAUAAACGGGAGUGAUCAUUGUGAUGAUGAAAAUCAUAUGAAGAGGGGUGACAAUUCAUCCCAAAAGUCGUCCUCCAAAUCUAACGAAAAACUGCAUCUCAUUGAAGAUGCUCGGGAUAUUGAGUCCCCAUCAACCAAUGAUGCAUCGGAGUUGGAAAUCAAGAGUCAAAAAGGUAGAGGAAGGGGGGUGGAUGAUUUCGGCGGGGAAGAGGAAGAGAAACUUGCAGAAAAGGAAUUGGUAGAUGAUGAUGACGAAGUAGAAUCGAUAAACUCUGAGAGAAAAAAUGCGAGGUCACGAAGGCAAACCAUUUCCGUUGAUAGAGUAACAAGGUCGUCUUUACUGAAAGGUAAAUUUGCGUUGCGAAACAAUCCCAGCCGCGAGUCUACGACACGUCGCGGAAGUUUAAGAAUAGCAAAACUCCUAUCAACUAAAGAGCGCGCGUCCGCAAAGGUGCACAAUCGAUCUUUGUCAAACUCUUGUGAAUCAGCAAAAUCAUCGUCGAUUGUUCAGAGAAGCGACGAUAAUUCUGAAGAGGAUGAGGUUGAUUCAGAUAGUGUCGAUGAUGAAGAUGACAGUGACUCGAACAGCGACACAAGAAAUAAAUGGCACUUUCCAAUCGUUGGAACAAAAACAUCUCCGGGACUGACUCCUUAUAGAAAACGCAAGGUCAGUUCGAUUGAUGGAACGGAUGAAUCGAAAGCUACGGGAAAUCCUAGUAGAACUGGUAGUCGCGGGGGAAGGAGAGGAAGAAGGACCACGCGAAAUGCGGGUGAUGUGGAAGAU